AUAAAAAUAUGGACUCAUGAGGAGGUUGAUGUGUUGUCACUCAAAGUAGAAAUGCAAGUGAAGAUACCAUCACAUCUAGCUUUCUCCCUGUUGUCUGACUUCACAUUCCGCCAACAAUGGGACAAACAUUUUUUAACUUGUGAGGUCCUACAGGCUGUGAAUGAAGAUGAGAAAAUUUAUUAUGUUACGUCUCCACCCACGACUGGCCAUAAACCCAGAGACUUUGUGAUUCUUGUGUCUCAAAGGCAACCCUGUAAGCCAAGUGAACCCUACACAGUAGCUGUAAAGUCAGUUACCCUCACGUCUAUGCCACCUUCCCCAGAAUACUGUAGAAGUGAAAUCCUUUGUGCUGGAUUCCAGAUCUACAGUGACAGCAACAGCUCCUGCACAGUGUGUUACUUCAAUCAAGUGACAUCAGGUGUUAUGCCAUACUUAGCUGCAAAUCUUACUGGCUCAUCAAAAUCCAUUGAAGACACUGCUUUGGAAUGUAUAAAGUUCUUGGAGCUGAAAGGCAGCAAGUACUAA